AUGGCAGCUUCUGAGGAUACAUCUUCCAUGCAGCAGCAGCAGGAGCAGCAGCAACACAACAAUACCCGACCCGUCACCUUUAACGACCAUUUGCAACAUCUCGAAUUCAGUGGCGAUGCGAUUGACAUGGCAUUGAGAAAACUAUUGUCCAAGGCAUUACUUCCUAAAGAAGCUCAGCAGAUUGAUCGUGCCAUGGAAGAUUUUGCCAAACGAUAUCAUGAAUGCAAUCCAGACUUGACGGAUAGUUCAGAUGCGGUUUAUGCUGUUGCAUUUUCUGUUUUAUUACUACACACCGACGCACACAACAAGAAUGUACGACGAAAGAUGAACAAGGAAACAUUUAUCAUGCGUACAAAGAUCAUUGAAGGUGGUGAAAAUGUCUCUUCAGAAGUCCUGGAUAUCAUGUACGACAACAUCGUCUCCACCCAAUUCACUUAUGCGGAUGGCAAUGAUGAAAGACCUCCAUCAGCACCAGAGAGAUCAGGAUCAUGGCUGGGUCGGUUAGCACGAAGCGAUUCUAGUGGUACUUUGAAUUCUGUCAACAUGGAUGAUUUAUAUCCCAAGCUCUCUCAAUUGAUGCCACCCGAGAAUCCUUAUUGCUACAAGCGAGCAUUACGCCCUUUACCCAUUGCUGAUGCAUACUCGGCUUUUGUCAAUGCACGCCCUUUACAACUUGGAGGAGUGAGAAGCAAACAUCACACCGCCAAUCGUGGAGAAACAUCACCUUCCGUGGAUACCCAAUUCACUGUACGGGUUGCCAAGGCAGCUAUUCUCGAACGUAAAUACGACAUGUUACCUGGUGGCAAGAAAGCAACAGCACGUGGAUGGCGACCGUUUGGUGUGGUAUUGAGUGGUAGCCAAGUUAUUUUCUUUUCGGAUCUUGGUGCAUUUGAAUCAUGGGUAGCAGCCAGCAAAAACAAUAAUACACCACCUUCUUCGCCAUCUACUACUAGCACCGCCAGUACUACGCGUCGUUUUCCAUCACUUCCAAUGUACAUGGCAACAGGCAGCAGCAGCAAUAACAGUAUGGAUGAUCCUACAGAAUCCUUCUCUUCACAACAAUCACUGCAAACCAACAAUUCCAAUAUACCCAUCAUCAGUAACCAUAGCAACGACAACAACAACAACAAUGCCCAAGUGCUACGACCGGUACAAAUCAUUUCCUUAGCCGACGCUGUAUGUAUCCAUGACGACUCUUAUACGAAAUACCCUUACGUCUUUCGUCUCAUGACAGGCGAUGGUCAGCUGUUUUUGCUUCGGGCAAAGAAUAAUGCCGAUUUGGAUGACUGGAUGCUAAAAAUCAACUAUGCUGCUGCAAGCAAAACAAACAAUGUACGAUUACGACCUCCACGUCAGGGUUCUCAUCGUGAUAAGCGUCAAGAAGUGAUCAAGAAAAAGGUCAUGAUGCUUUCACAACGUUUGAUCGAAUGCGAACGACCCUUACGACAGGAUUUGCAACUACGAAGGAACUUGAUGGUGUUGGUACCGCUACAAAAAUCAAGCAAGGAUCGCAUUCUUUAUUAUGCAGAAUUGGUUGGCAAGCAGAUCCAGAGCAAACGACUUCAUAUGCAACGACUCGAAUGUUAUCGUGAAAUGCUUGAGGCGUCAUUGGCAUGGUUUGAGGGCAACAGUGGUGGUGGUGACAAUAGUAGCAGUCGACCUUCCACACUGGCAAGUUCAGCCACUGCACCUGUGAUUCGAGUGACCCACAACAACAACAGCAGCAACAACAACAGCAACAGCCAUCAUGCUACUACUACUACGGAUGAUAACAACAUGCGACGAUCCUCAUGUCCUCAAAUCCCACCUUUUCCAUUCACCUUGGAUGAAUCAUCGGUCAUGAGCAGUGCAGCAUCUACACCCAUUGCAUCAUCGUCAUCAUCGUCGGAGAAAAAGGUCGCUUUUGAUGUGCCCACAGUCUCCAUCACCAAUACAAGUAACGAAGAUAACAUCAACAAUAUCAAAUGGAUGAGGCGUAGGAGCAGCAGUAAUCCGGUCAAACCAGCACCCGUGCCCACAUCGUGUGAUGGAUUACAACAAAAGAUUUUACGAGAACGAAGUGGAUCUGAAGUAUCCCGUGAUGAUGACGAAUUGACCAUUGUGAACGGCGUCAAUGAGGAGGACGAUGAUGAUAUUGAUACUCGUUUAGAAAAAUGGACAUUGUAG